AUGAUAUACUCAUUUCAUUUUUUUCUAACUUUUCAUUUUCAAAAGUUGUCCAAACAAUAUAGAACCACAAAAUGUAACACGUGUCUCAGAAUUUCAUCUCAUGAGUCUCCCAGAUUAUCUUGGACUGCAGCCCAUCCUCUUUGGACUGUUCCUGUCCAUGUACCUGGUCACAGUGCUUGGGAACCUGCUCAUCAUCCUGGCUGUCAGCUCUGACUCCCACCUCCACACCCCCAUGUACUUCUUCCUCUGCAACCUGUCCUUGGCUGAUAUAUUUCUCAUCUCUACCACGGUCCCGAAGAUGAUUGUGGACAUCCUAACUCACAGCAGAGGCAUCUCCUUUGUGGGCUGCCUGACACAGAUGUCUUUUUUGAUCCUUUCUGGAUGUAUGGAUGGUAUGCUUCUGACUGUGAUGGCCUAUGACCGUUUCGUGGCCAUCUGUCACCCCCUGCAUUACUCAGUCAUUAUGAACCCUCGCCUCUGUGCGCUCUUAGUUUUGGUGUCUUUUUUGUUUAGCCUUUUAGACUCCCAGCUGCACAAUUUGGUUGCCUUGCGAUCUACCCACUUCAAGGAUGUAGAAAUUUCCAAUUUCUUCUGUGACCCUUCUCAAGUUCUUAAUCUUGCCUGUUCUGACACUUUCACCAAUAACAUCAUAAAGUAUUUUGUUGGUGCCAUGUCUGGUUUUCUUCCCAUCUCUGGAAUUUUCUUCUCUUACUGUAAAAUUAUUUCUUCUAUUCUGAGAAUCCCAUCAACAGGUGGGAAGUACAAAGCCUUUUCCACCUGUGGAUCUCACCUGUCAGUUGUUUGCUUAUUUUAUGGAACAGGCAUUGGAGUGUACCUUGGAUCAGCUGUGUCACAAUCUCCCAGAAAGGAAGCAGUGGCUUCAGUGAUGUACACUGUGGUCAGCCCCAUGCUGAACCCCUUCAUCUACAGUCUGAGGAACAGGGACAUUAAAAGUUCCCUGAGGAGGAUCCACAGCAGAUCAGUCUAA